AUGCAUGCAUCGCGAUCGCACUAUGUUUAUACCGUGGCAUGGAUCAGCGCGCUGCCGCUGGAGAUGGCCGCCGCGAGACAGAUGUUCGACCAAUUCCAAGACAGACUAUCCCAGCCAUUGACAGAUACAAACACCUACACACUGGGCAGUAUGUGCGGUCACAAUGUGGUUCUGGCAUGUCUUCCGUCCGGUGUCUAUGGUACCACCUCGGCUGCUACAGUCGUCGCUCAAAUGCGCUCUACCUUCCCUAGGCUCCAAUAUGGGUUGCUGGUGGGCAUCGGGGGAGGCGCGCCCAGCUAG